CCCCGCCCCUUCCCUCUCAAUUUCCUUCGGUCCGCUUCGCAGUCUUGGAGGGGUUUCUAAUCCCACUUCCCCGCCCCUUCCCUCCUCCCGACCGGCGAUCGACGAUCGGCAACGAGCAUCCAAGAUACAACUGAUGUUGGAUUCUCGAAUCUUGGUCUAAGAAGCCGUGAACCCUAGAGAAGUUCGUGGCGGCGCUGUAUCAGGUGUCUACUGUAAUGGAGUUCCAACAAGUAAAUUAUACGGGUUGCAUAGAAGUUUCUUAGAGAUUUUAUUUUAUUGAAAAUCUUUAUCUCUCUCUCUUCUCCUGCUCCACACCUCCUUCGAAACCCUAGCUACCUAUUCCCACCUCGGCCCCCUCGCCGCCGCCGCCAUCUCCGACAAGCUCUCGCCUAGAUGCCCCCUCUGACCACCGCCUCCCCUCGCGAACCUGCUCUAAUCACCCGCACCACGCCCCUCUCCAGCCCCACCUCGCCACCCUCCCCUCCGUCCUUUCCCACUGGUUUCCUUCUUCCUCUCCUCCCCCAAUUCCCCCCCCUCUCUUCUCUUCUUUAAAGUUCAAAAGAGCUCCCAUAAAAUUCUGCAAGAAUCCUCACUGCUUUAGUUGAAACCCGUUAUGAUUGCGAGGACACCUGCGUACACUGUACUGAGGUUCUUUCUCUGUGGGAGCACCCAAAUCCAAGUAAUCUGUCGGUUGAACUGAAAGUUUGUUUCUUAAUUCGGAAUAUUCCUUUUUUUCAGGUAAUUGUCGUUGUGAUUAGUGUAACAACCUGAGAGAGAGAAAAUUUUUGUGAAAUUUAUCUUUUCUGGUUUUGCAAGAAGAGGAAAGGAACCAGCUUCAAAAGAUGGAGAAGCAUAAAGAGAAAAAGAAGAAGGAUAAGAAGGCAGACAAGAGCAAUUGCGUUGAACAAACUGAAGGCAUUGAAGAAGAUGCUAGGGAUGUGAAUAAGGAUAAUGCCUUGGGGGAAGUUAAAGUAGCUUCAAAGAAGCGUGGCAAGAAGAAGAAUAGAUGUUUCAAGAAUGAGGACGGUCACACUUUUAUACAUGAAAGGGGUUCUGAUGGGCAGGAGAGCAGGACUGAUGUGGAGAAGGAUGAAGAAGAGGUUGAAUUGGAUUUAAGGAAGGAUCAUAAGAAGGAAAAGAACAAAAAGAACAAGAGAAAUAGUGAAAAAGAGGAUGGCAUUUCCUCUUCCUCAGAUUUCCUUCAUAAAGGACUCGAUGGUAUGAAUGACAAUGAUGGGAAGAUUGGUGACAAGGGAACAGAUAAGGGGCAGAAGAGAGGGGAAAACAAGAAGAAGGAAGCGGAUGAAGUGUGCACUGACGUGCAAGUAAACAGGAAAAAGAAGCGGAAAAAGGAUAGGAGUGCGAAAGUUGGUAACUUUUCAGAAUCUUUUGAAACGGAUGCCACUGAUGAAGUGACUGAUGAUAGACAGAAAAGGGCUGGAAAUGUCAAAAAGAUAGAACCAGCAAGGAAUGCUAAUCAUGAGGUUGGUAUAACAAUGGUGGAGGAUGUGAAGAAGGGGAAUAGGAAAGAGGACAAUUAUAAUGAGGUUUCUACAUCUUCAUUGGCAGCUGGUAUAAAUGGAUCAAAUAAUGGAAAACAUGCCAUUGCAGAUGAUAAAGAGCCAACUUGCGAUGAAGCAUGUAAAGGUUCAAAUGGAGAUAAAAGAAAGAAGAGGAAAAGGACAAAGGAUGGUACUGGAUUUGAAAUGGCUGAGAAUGAUAAAAGGAAGAGGGUCAAGCAGGCAUUGAGUGCAGAGGAUACAAAGACUGCAGAUGAUGGUGCUGAUGGGAGACCAUCUACUACACUGAGAAGUGAUAAGAAAAUAAAGAGGAAGAAGGAAAAGAGGGAUGGAGAGAACAUAAGCUUAAAUUUGUUUUCAGAAGGAGUCUCCAAGAAUGAAAUGAAUGCUGGAUUUGCAGAAGAUAAAGAAAAUGAGGAGACAUCUAACAUGAUGGGUGAGAGACGUGCUGGUGAUUCUAAGGCCUCUCGAUCAAAGGAAAAAAAUCGAAGGGUUAGAUUUUCAGGUACAGUGGAGGUGUUUCCUCCUGGCAACGACACGGAGCAUGAAGAAGAUGGCAAAAUGCAAUUAGUGCAAGGCAAACGCUUCACUCCAGAGGAAGAUAAAAUAAUCAAAGCUGCUGUUGAAAAUUACGUAGAGAAAUAUCAUCUGGGAAAGGAUGGUGUGCAUAUGAUUCUCAAUUAUAGAAGUUAUCGACAAGUCAGAAAUUGUUGGCAAGAAAUUGGAUCCUGCAUACCUUACAGGCCUCGCAAAUCUAUAUGUUAUCGAGCACAUGUUUUACUUGAACGAAGUGAAGAGCGUAAGUGGGAUCCAGAAGAUUAUCAGAUAAUCCGCAGGUUCCACCAGAAACAUGGAUCAAAAUGGAAAGAACUGGCAGAGCAACUUGGGAAACACAGGAUUCAUGUAAAAGAUGCUUGGCGAAGGAUAAAACCGCCUAAUCUAAGAAAAGGGUGUUGGUCUCAGGAUGAGUAUCAGACUUUAUUUAAUUUAGUGAACACGGAUUUGCGGAUGAAAGCCUUUCAAGAAAAAAAAUCUAUGCAUGGCAUGUUGAGGGACAAUAUCUCUUGGGAAGCAAUCAGUGAAAAGUUGGCUACUCGAAGCACUCCAACUGUCUGUGAAAAAUGGUAUAACCAGCUAACAUCAUCUUUGGUCAAGAAAGGCAUCUGGUCUGAUGUAGAUGAUUACCGCUUGUUGGAUGCGCUUCAAGACGCGGAUGCUUGUUGUGUAGAAGAUGUUGACUGGGAUAAUCUUCUCGAGCAUAGGCCUGGAGAAGUUUGUCGAAAACGAUGGAACCAAAUGAUCCGUCAUAUUGGUGGGCACCGGGAGAAGCCAUUCAUCAAGCAACUGGAAGUUCUCUUCGGACGCUAUUGCCCGGAUAUGCUUGAAUACAGAAAAUGAUGACAAGUAUUUUUGUUCUUUCUUUUCCUUUGGCUUAUAAGUUUUGUUAGGAUUAUGGCCCAUUCUCCAAGUUGAGAGAGACUUGAUAGAAUAUUUUUGUAACUGCAGUACUGGAAGCUAAUUCAGUGGCAAGAAGAAAUGACCUCGGCUUAAUUUUAAGGGAUAGUGCAUAUUGAUGUCAAUUCUGGUGCCUAUUUUAAGUAUAUGGGAUA